CAAGUGGGAGUGUCUGGGGCUGCUUGGCUUUGUGGAAUGCUCUUCUUUCAUGGCCAAGUCUGCGAUAGAAGCUGUUAGUUUUCCACAUUCCACUUUCCCAGACACAAGGGUGCAAGUGGAUCCUGCUACAUCUCCUCCCUAUAAUUGGAUAUGCUCUCUGGAUAUAACAGAUGCCUAUGGAGAUAAAUGGGCUGGCACUGGCUUCGCAAUCAACCUUCCAAAUGCCAAAUACGAAGUGAUUGUCACUGCUGGUCAUUGUACUUACAUCAAAGGAGACUAUGCUUCAAGCAUUAUUGUGCAAUUCCCUGGAGAAGAGUUCGCUCGAACUAUUUACAAGAAUGGUUUCUAUGCUUCACCUGAAUACAUCAAACAUGGUGACGUAGAAAACGAUGAUUAUGGCCUCAUACUAAUUCCGAAAAGUAGAGAUGUUAUCGGUGGAUUUGGAUGGUCUGCUGAUAUUGAAGAUACGGAGCUUGACAAGUGUUCUGUAACAAGCUGUGGCUAUCCUACUGAUAAACCAGCAGGCACUUUGUGGGUCACCGGAGGAAGAGUUACAAGCUACACCGAAAAGCGUAUCUUCUACGAAAACAAUUCGAUCCGAAAGCAAAGUGGAAGCCCUGUGUAUACAUGGCAUAAGGGAUAUUGGACGGUUGUUGGGGUCCACAGCAACGGAGGCUCCCCAAAUUCUGCUUCACGAUUCACAAUUCAGGUGAUAUCGUGUUUUCUCAAGCAAAUGCAAUGCAAGAAAACACUAAAAUCUGUGCAUUUUCCAGACGUGUACAUUCGAUGUGAUGCAAGUGAUGUAAAGGAAUCUACAGGACCUGGAGGAGGGACAGUCAACUGUCAAUACAAGCCACCACAAUGUUGGGAGCAAUUCUAUGUCAUCCCACUGGAAAUGCCACCGUCGUUGGUUAAACAACCAAUCCGCAAAGUAGUCAUUGAAAGUGCAGAAUGGAAGAAUGCCUUUCUUCGACUGGAGGACAAACAGAUGACAGAAUUCAGAAGCUGUGGUGGAGGUAAAGUGAAUCUUCAGUUUGGAGCAAUGUCUUACGAACAGUUCAUUCUCAAAGAAGAAGGUCCAGAUGAUGUGUACUCAAUCGUAAGUAUUGUUUUCCCUCAUUGCCGUAUUCGAGUCGAUGGAAAAAGAGUGACAAGUUGGCUAGCUUCUGGUAGCGGCACUGUGAAUUGCCAGUAUUUUGGUGAUGUGAAUGUUCCUGCUAAGGAGUUUGAAAAGAUACAGAUCAAACAACUUUGAAGUAGCUGAUCACAUAAGUACAACAUAGAUAAUUAUAACUGAUAUAUAGACAAUUUUACGAAGAUAAUAAUUAUUAUAAUUUGUAUAUAUAUAUUAUAGUCUUUUGACAUAUUUUUUUCAUUGUUCA